UUUAUUUCGAAAACAAAAAAUUACUAAUAUAGUCAUGGUAUAUGUUUAUACAUACCACAAAUUACAACAAGUUUUUCCGUCAUUCGAAACUGCGCUCCACCCACGUGUAAUGCAUAUUUUAACCAUUCAGGUCCCACGUCCAGAGCCUCACUGAACUAUAAAUGUGUGUCACUUCCCGCGUUGUUGUGAAGCGUGUUCUUGACAUCGCGAGGUAAUAGUUUGGGAGGGGACAUGGAGACAAGUGCAACUGUUGGGUCGCUGGCUUCGGAAGAAGAGUUGGACCACACUCGUCGACGAUGGGCAAACAAGCUGAGGUCCACACUUUACAAGAAGAAAUUUCUAUACACGGCAUGCCUUUUAUUCGGCAACUUCAUGUCGGGUUGGGUCAACGGUCAGAGAGGGCCAUCACUGUUGGACUUACAGAUUAUCACGGGGACGGACUUGUCUCAAGGCUCCGCCUUUUUCACUGCUGCUGCCACUGGCUCCCUGGUUGGAGCCGUUGCUGGUGGAGCCAUCUAUGACCGGUUCAAUAAGUACCUGUCGCUGUUCAUCUCGAUGGCCGGGCACGGACUGACUGUAGCUGUGAUUCCACUGUGUUCACCCUACUGGCUCAUGAUCGCCAUGUUUGUAGCACACGAGUUCUUCCUCGGCAUAUUUAAAACAGGCUGUAAUGUGGAACUUGUUCGUGUGUGGGGAGUGGAGAGCAAACCUUACAUGCAGGCUUUACAUUUCUUAUGGUCGUUAGGGGGAAUUAUCUCCCCUUUUGUCCUUGAACCGUUUUUAGCCGUCAGAAAAUAUGGCGAUAAUAACGCAACACGGUCUUCUGUCAUGGAAACCCAAAACAGUUCAUACGAGGUACAGGAGUAUGUAAAUGCAUCAUCGGAUCAUCAUCUACAGACAAGAAUCAUUUGGCCCUUUUUUGAUGACUGGGCUGUUAACCAUCCUGUCGUCUUUACCGUUCUUAAUAGUGUUUCUAUUUGCAAGACAGGAAAACAUAAGGACGCUACUAAGGCUUUAGAAGGAAAGAGACAAGGUAAAAUGUUGUCCCGGAAAUUACUCGUCCUAACACUUGGCCUUCUAGGUAUAUUCUAUUUCUUCUUGGACGAAGUUGAAGACUCGUCGGUGUCUUUCCUGACAUCAUAUGUGGUAAUGCAGUUCAAUUGGACUAAGGUCACGGGAGCCAGAAUCACAUCGGCGUUUUGGGCAGCAUACGCCUUUGGUCGUCUAGCUGCCAUCGUCUUCAUCGGCUAUGUAUCGCAUGUAAAGAUCUGUGGUGUGUUCUUUUCCUUUCUAAUCCUCGCUCAGGUUGGAAUGAUAUUUGCUGGAAUGUACCUCUCAAAGGUAUUCAUGUGGAUCACAGCUUGUGCUGUGGGCUUUUCAAUAUCGAUUAGCUUUCCUGCGAUGCUGACCUGGAUUGAGAAGGACUUUGUGCAACUCUCAGGUAAAAUCAUGUCCGUCAUCUUUAUAGCUGUAGGUCUGGGUGGAAUGGUCAAUCCUCAGAUCAUUGGUCACCUGAUGCAAGUAUCCAGUCCUCUCUGGUACAAUUAUAUCCUGACCAUCGAGAGUGUUCUGUUGUUCCUCAGUUUCCUAAUGUUGGUGUGGCUUGUGAAGAAAGUCCUGAGCAAGCAUCACUCAUCCUACACAGUCGAGGGAGAUCCAACGGUAGAAAUAGAGGAACCUCUAAACGAAAAGCCAAGUACAAUUUCAUAAUAAAUUAUUGAUCAUAGUUGUGUUUAUUUGCUAAUAAAUUCCAUUUGUAUUGUG